UCGUCAAGCUGUUCCACACAUUCAACGAGAUAUCUACACGUCUUCACCCCAUCUCGAUUCUCAUGACCCAAUAAUCAAUCAGUAGCAUAGAAGCAUCCGCUUUUCAUUCAUAUAUUUCCCCUUUACCCCGGAGAAGUCGACUCCGAUGUCAACCAAUGUCUCCUCCACGCAGUCCCCUCUCCCCGCAACCCCACCACCACAAACCUUCCCUCUCUUCCCUCUCCUUCCCGCCGAACUGCGCCUCAAGAUAUGGUUCUGGACGCUGCCACCAGCCCGAAUCUUGAAAAUUUCCUACUCUGCUAACCACGGCACCUACAUUUCCAACACCGCGCCACCGCUCGCCCUCUCCAUCUGCCACUCCUCGCGCGUCGUAGCGCAAUCCCACUAUAGCUACCUCCAGCUCGGGCCGACCCCUAUCCCAAUCCCGAUCUCCUUCCCCAACGAUACGCUAUACAUCUCGAACCUAGCACCGAUCCUAUCCUCGCACCUUGCAGAUCUGCUCUACAACCUAGCGGUCUCGCCGUCGCGGCACUUCCUGCAGUCUCUAAGCCUCGACCUCCGGGUCUGGAACGAGUUGUGCGAGAAUGGCUUGCUGAGCACGUUGGCGAAGAUGAGAGAGCUGAGGGAGGUCAAUGUCGUUGUGGAGUUUGGCAGAAAUUUCGGCGGCGAGUUGGGCUUUUUGGAUACCCCGGAGUGGAGGCGUGAUUUGAUGUGGUUGGCGGCGCGCGCGGGCAGGAGGUUGGUCGAGGAGACGGGGAGAUUGAGGUUGCUGAGGAAAGCGGAUGGAAGGGGGAAUUCAAGUGAGAAGGAAGAUGCGGAGAAGGGUGUUAAAGUUAGGUGUGUGAUCUUGACAAGAGGCGGUGAGCAGGCUUGAUUUGAUACUGUUUAGGCGGGUGCAAGUAGUCUUUGAAGAGUGAUGUUAACAUAGGCAAUCAUAGGCUCUUCUACGUUUCUGUGUGGAUUGGAAGUGAGGGGAGGCUUGAAUGGUCCAGAAG